GUGUGUGCUCCCGCUUGCCUCUCGGAGUCAGAACCGGUUUCCCCAGCUACUGUUCACAUACAGAACAGAAACCACAACAGCCAACACCGCACUGUACUGGUUCCAGGACACACAGCAAAAGCACUUCCUGUGUUCCCGACCAUGGCGGACUCCGGGAGCACGGACAGCAUCCAAGCUGGAAAUGAUCAAUACGGCGAUUCGAAGGGUGUUGUCGGGCACCAUCUCGAGAAGGGCAUUUCAAACACCGACCAUGUCGAUCUCGCCAGGAACUUAGAAGCCAAAAUAAAAAACCCGCUAGCAGGCCUCUCCCGCGAUGAGCUACUGAGCCGCGUUGAGGUGUUCGCCAAGGAGAAAGGCUUGACGGAGCACAUCCCCCUCCUGCGCAAGGGCGCCCUCGUGGCACAGGAUCCCGAUGCCUACGAGGAGAUCUCAGGUCCCGAGGCGUUGACUGACGAAGAGAAGGCGGCCCUGCGAAAGGAAAUCGAGCACAAAUGGCGCCUGCCCACGAGGCUGUUCCUGACAAUCGCCACCUGCUCGAUCGGCGCGGCGGUCCAGGGGUGGGAUCAGACAGGAACGAACGGCGCCAACAUCUUCUUCCCCAAGAUCUAUGGCAUCGGAAGCUCCAGCACGCACGAUACGCUCAUCCUUGGUCUGGUCAACGCUGGCCCCUACAUUGGCAGCGCCUUCAUCGGUUGCUGGCUGUCCGACCCUAUCAACAACUGGUUUGGCCGCCGCGGUGUCAUCUUCUUCUCUGCCCACUUCUGUAUCUGGCCUGUCAUCGGUUCCGCCUUCUGCCACACUUGGCCACAGCAGUUGGCCUGCCGUCUCCUGAUGGGUAUUGGGAUGGGCGUCAAGGCCUCGACCGUGCCUAUCUACGCUGCCGAGAACUCGCCAGCAGCUAUCCGAGGUGCCCUCGUCAUGUCUUGGCAGAUGUGGACAGCCUUUGGCAUUCUCCUGGGCACCGCCGUCAACCUUGCGGUGUGGAACACAGGCGAUAUCAACUGGCGGCUGAUGUUGGGCGCACCGUUCAUCCCUGCCGUUCCUCUCUUGUGUCUCAUCUACCUCUGCCCUGAGUCACCUCGCUGGUACAUGAAGAAGAACAAGUACCUGAAAGCCUGGGACUCGAUGAUGAAGCUGCGCAACCACCCGAUCCAGGCGGCCCGGGAUAUCUUCUACAUCCACUCUCAGCUCGAACUCGAGUUUCAGCUCCUCCGCAACAGCAGCUAUGCCCAGCGCUUCGUCGAGCUAUUUACAAUUCCGCGUGUGCGCCGCGCUACGCUCGCCGCCUUCACCGUCAUGAUCGCGCAGCAGAUGUGCGGUAUCAACAUUAUCGCGUUCUAUAGCACUACGAUUUUCAAGGAGAGUGGGUCCGACGACCACCAGGCCCUCCUCAUUUCGCUCGGCUACGGCCUGGUCAACUGGCUCUUCGCCUUCCCGGCCUUCUGGACCAUCGACACCUUCGGCCGUCGGUCUCUUCUCCUGUUCACCUUCCCCCAGAUGACCUGGACGCUGCUCGCCGCCGGCCUGUGCACGCUUAUGGACCAGAGCACGGCGCGCACCGUUUUGGUCGCGUUCUUCGUCUAUCUCUUUGCCGCCUUCUACUCGCCCGGCGAAGGGCCCGUUCCUUUUACCUACAGUGCCGAGGUGUUCCCGCUGUCACACAGAGAAGUCGGCAUGGGCUUCGCGGUGGCGACCUGCCUGUUCUGGGCAUCGGUGCUGGGCAUGACGUUCCCGCUGCUGAUCUCGUCUACGGGCACGGUCGGCGCUUUCGGCUGCUACGCGGGCUUCAACUUCGUGGCCAUGAUCAUGAUCUUCUUCUGGGUGCCCGAAACCAAGCAACGCACGCUCGAGGAGCUCGACUACAUCUUUGCCGUGCCCACCUCCAAGUUCAUGAAGUACCAGCUCACCGAGGCCCUACCGUGGUUCCUCAAGCGGUGGCUGUUGUGGCAGCGGAAGGCCGAGCUCAGGCCGCUGUACGUCUUCGAUCAGGAGACGAGGAGGAAGGAGGCGACCAAGUCUGAGAAGAAUUGAAAAUGGAUCUUGAUGGAAGGUGAAAAUCGGGUGGCUUCUAGCUAAUAGAGGGUCGCUUUGCUCGGUUACCGUUCAUCGCCUUCAAUACUAGGGCGGAUU